UAAAAAAAAUGAAUGAUCAAAAAUCGAAGGAAGCCCAUCUAAAAUAUUCUUGUAUUUUUAUUAUUUACUUAUAAAAAGACACAAAUUUUACAAAAAAUGGGUACACAGAAACCUGGAGAAUGGGCUACCUCACUUAUUGCACGAUUUGAGGAACAAUUGCCAUACAAAACAGGAGCUCAGAAUCUUCACUCCCGCAUAAAUGAAGAACAAUGUAAAGCAUGUCUGGUACAAAUCAGUCGACACCGCUUCUCACUUGUCAUUGCUGGCCUGACAAAAAUCUUACAGAGAGUUAAUGAACUGUAUCAACCAACAGUGUUAUGUCUGAACCGUCCGCAGACAGAGCCAGAGAAGGGAUACCAUGACAGUUUGGUGAUAGUUCUGGACACACUAGAAAUAUGUCUUAGCUCCCAGCCCAAAGACACUGCAAAAUAUGAUGAAGCCAUGAAUGUGAAGAUAUUGCUUAGAGAAGUUUGCCAGUUUAUUGAUCUCCGUAAUGAAACCAACUUGAAUAACACCCUCCUACGUCAGUUGGCCAGUAAAGUGCUCUUUGCCCUCAGUCUCAACUUCUUCAAUGCAGUCUUCAACAGAAUAAGUGCACGAUUGCAGGAACUAGCAUCUAGCUCAGAGGAAAACCCCGACUAUACAGAUAUAGAGUUGAUACAACACAUUAAUGUUGAUAUUUUGAGGCUUAUACGGCUACUCACAGAAUCUAUACAAAAGUUUAAGUUGUUAAGGAAAUCUGCACAUAUAGUACUUGUGGUGUCCCUCGAGAAAGCUGUAUGGAAUUGGAUGGACACAUACCCCCAGGAAUUCGCAGAAGUACAAAGUCGGCCUAACGAUGAACUCAGCAAAUGCUGUGAUACUUUAUUCGACAUUUUACAGGACAGCUUUUCUGAUAACAAAAAGUCAAGAGUUGCUAUGUGGCCUCUACAGAUUAUGUUACUGGUUUUGAACCCGAAAGUUCUAGAAGAAAUAGUAAACGCGGAUAGCGGCGCUCCUUGCAGUCCGCGACACACUAAGAAGAAACAUUUCAUUGAUUCCGUCAAACGGGGUCUGAGUCCCCACAACAACUCAAAGCAAAUGACCGAAGCAGCUAUAGUGACGUGUGUGAAGCUGUGCAAGGCCUCCACUUAUCUCAACAUUGCCGAUUCGGGCAACGUCACCUUUGUGCUGGUCAAAUGUGUCAUCAACGACCUUAAGGGUCUCUUAUUCAACCCCAACAAACCGUACGCCCGUGGAGCCCUGAACCCCGGCUAUUCGGAGCUAGACCUCCUGAGCGACUGCUUCGUAUCCCUGUUCCGAAUAAUGCCGCACUCCAACGACGCGCUGAAGACCUGUCUGAAUCUCAACACUCAUAUUUCCUACCACUACAUCAUCGUUAACUCCUUACUCAGGAUAAUAAAACAGCCCCGAUUGCCAUGGUGGCCACAAAUAGAGCUCCUGUAUCCAAGAGCUGCGGAAUUAAGGGCAAUGUUCACUGACACCUUGAAUAAGGCAACACAGGGCUACAUAGUUCACACACCCUUACGUAUGAUAUCACUUUCUCUCAAAUCCAAAGAGGUCCAGUCGAAAUUCAACAAAUCUGAGGAAAUGCCUGCGUAUAGACAUCUACUUAUGUUGCUUGUGAAGCUGAUACACGCCGACCCCAUGCUAAUGUUAAGUAAUCCAGGCCGCCCCGGCCUAGAGAUCCAAUCCUCAACCACUGAACUAAUAAAUGGCCUAGUCUCCCUAGUGCACCAUACAGGCAUGGGGGAAAUAUCCCAAGAAGCCAUGGACGCGUUACUGGCCUUACAUAGACCUGAUAGAGUCCACAUGUGGAACCCUGAGGCACCUUUGAAUACUUUCUGGGAUAUCAGUUCGCAAGUCCUCUACAAUAUAAGUCAGAAACUAAUUCAACGUCAGAUCAACAACUACAGGGAAGUAUUGAGAUGGCUCCGAGACGUGUUGACUUGUAGGAACGAAUAUCUUGCGAAGCAUAAAGAGUAUGCCAACGUUGGUUCGCAGAUACCUAUAUGUAAACAGGCGCAUAUUAAAUUGGAGGUGGUGUUCUUCAUGUGUCUAUGGUCUAUCGACACUGAAGCGGUACUAGUGGCGAUGUCAUGUUUCGCUCUGCUGUGUCAAGAGGCAGACAUACGUUGCGGCUCGGAUGAUCUAUCCGCACACUGCCUUCUACCAAACUAUGCAGUCUUUCAGGAGAUUGCUCAUACUUCCACCGUACUUACUACUGCAGCCAGUCAGGAUAUGGGAAGAGGAUGUUUCUAUAAAAAUAUUCACAGUUCUGCUGGACUCCAAAAGCGAAUAAUGGCUUUGUUAAGAAAGAUUGAACACUGCGUGAACGGCGUGCAACCAGUAUGGGAAGAAACUUUUCGAUGUUGGGACUCGAUAUGCAAGCUACUGCAGAAGUAUCCCAAAGGACUAGGCGGGCCGGACGAGCCUCCGGAGCCCUUACACCGCGCCGCCGCCAAACGACGCGUGUCCCAUCACACAAGUACCGAACAUGACUUUGAGAUACAAAUUCAAGAGUGGGCAAAUAUAACAUCGUUUCUUUGCGCCCUUGGAGGUGUGUGCCUUCAAAGGAAACCUACACCGGUGUGGACACAAAUACUCACCCAUGAUGCAAAGAAGUACAACGUUCUUGCCAACAGUACACAAGAAGUACAAUAUUGCCCAGUUACUCAAUUUAUUGGGCAACUCCUACGACUCCUUCUAUGCAGUAAUGAACGCUUUGGUGCACAAAUACAGACCCACGUAAAGGAAUUAGUGGGAAACGAAAUGUCCCCAGCUCUCUACCCCAUACUAUUUGACCAGAUAAAGGCUAUUGUCGACAAAUUUUUCGAUCAACAGCAACAGGUAAUGUUAACCGACUUAAACACCCAAUUCGUGGAGCAUACGAUUUUCAUAAUGAAAAGCAUACUGGACAACAAGAAUAACGAACAGCCGUGCGAACAUCUCAGCACUACGUCGAUUGAGGGACUCAUGUUGGCUAUUGUAAGGUAUGUCCGGCAUUUGGAUAUGACAGUACUCUCGGUUCAAAUAAAGACGAAACUGUGCCAAGUCGUCGAUGCUAUGAUGAGGAGACGCGAUGAUCUAGCUUUUAGACAGGAAAUGAAAUUCCGCAACAAGCUAGUGGAAUAUGUGACGGAUUGGGUGUUGGGCACGUCGCACCAGAUCGCGCCGCCGCUGCGGGCAGAUGCUUCUUCCAUCACUAGGGAGCUGGACCAAGCUUGUAUGGAGGCCGUAGCCGCUCUGCUCAGAGGUCUGCCCCUGCAGCCGGAGGAGUCUGAUAGAGGAGAUCUUAUGGAGGCUAAGAGUCAACUGUUUCUUAAAUAUUUCACCCUAUUUAUGAAUCUUCUGAACGAUUGCAACGAGGUGGAACUAACGGAGGGGCCGGGCCGCCUGGAGACGUUGAGAAACGCCACGAUACAGGCUAUGUCUAACCUGCUCUCCGCCAACAUCGACUCUGGCUUGAUGCACAGUAUUGAUUUAGGAUACCACCGCGACCUGCAAACUCGCGCCGCGUUUAUGGAGGUGCUCACCAAGAUACUGCAGCAGGGUACGGAGUUCGACACUCUGGCCGAAACUGUGCUCGCCGACCGGUUCGAGCAGCUCGUUCAGCUUGUCACUAUGAUAUCUGAUAAGGGUGAAUUGCCCAUAGCCAUGGCAUUAGCGCACGUGGUGGGGUCCGCUCAAAUGGAUGAAUUAGCGCGUGUACUGGUUUCCCUGUUCGACGCCAAGCAUUUGCUCGCUCCGCUGCUUUGGAAUAUUUUCUACCGAGAGGUUGAAGUGUGUGCGGUAUCAGACUGUAUGCAGACGCUUUUCCGUGGGAACUCUUUGGGCAGCAAAAUAAUGGCGUUCUGCUUCAAGAUAUACGGCUAUGGAUAUCUACAUAAUUUGUUAGAGCCUUUAAUCAGUGCGCUGUUGGAUCAGGCUGAUUGCAAUCCCAAUUUGAGCUUCGAGGUCGACCCGGCUAGAUUGGAUCCCGGACAAGACAUAGAAAUAAACCGGAACAACCUUCGGGACCUCACGAGGGAGGUUUUCGACCGCAUCGUCAACUCCGCUGACAAAUUCCCUUCGCAACUACGUAGCAUGUGCCACUGUUUGUACCAGGUACUCAGCAAAAGAUUUGUGCAGUUCCCUCAGACAAGCGUUGGCGCAGUCGGUACCGUUUUGUUCUUGCGGUACAUUAAUCCGGCUAUAGUGUCUCCCCAAGAGAUGGGUAUAGUCAACCGUCCAAUACCUCCGCACAUAAAACGUGGGCUGAUGCUCAUGUCCAAGAUUCUGCAGAACAUCGCUAACCAUGUGGAGUUCUCCAAGGAACAACAUAUGUUGCCUUUCAACGACUUUCUGAGGGAACACUUUGAAGCUGGACGGAAAUUCUUCAUAGAGAUCGCGUCAGAUUGCGAAACAGCCGACCAGACGUCGUCACAUAACCUGUCAUUCAUCAGCGAUGCGAAUGUGUUAGCGUUGCACAGACUUCUCUGGAACCAUCAAGAAAAGAUCGGUGACUAUCUAUCGUGCAGUCGGGAUCACAAAGCGGUUGGGAGACGACCAUUCGAUAAGAUGGCAACACUUCUUGCGUACUUAGGCCCCCCUGAACAUAAACCCGUGGAGUCCGCAUCAAGCCUUUUGUUCUCAUCAUACGCGCGAUGGUCAUCCAUUGAUAUGUCGUCAACUAACUUUGAGGAGUUCAUCGUUAAGCAUAACAUGCACCAGAAGGAGGAAUUCAAGAGUAUAAAAAGCCUGAACAUCUUUUACCAGGCAGGCACCAGCAAGCUUGGCAACCCAGUGUUUUACUUUAUCUCCAGGAGAUACAAAAUCGGUGAAGUGAACGCGGAUUUGCUAAUAUACCACGUCAUUCUGACACUGAAGCCGUUUUGCCACCAAGCAUUUGAACUGGUUGUCGAUUUCACGCAUACAAAUUCUGAUAAUCGUUUUAGGACGGAUUUCCUGCAGAAGUGGUUCAGCGUGCUGCCGGAGGUGGCGUACGGCAACGUGCACGCGUGCUACAUCUACAACUGCAACAGCUGGGUGCGCGAGUACACUAAGUUCCAUGAGGCCAUACUCGUGCCGCUGCGGGGAAAUCGCAAAAUAAUUUUCAUAGACACAAACUGUCGACUCGGCGAUUUCAUAGACCCGGAACAACAGAAGCUUCCUGGAGCCACGCUGUCCUUAGAAGAGGACCUCAAAGUCUUCAAUAAUGCUCUCAAGUUGUCGCAUAAAGAUACCAAAGUCGCUAUAAAGGUCGGACCAACAGCUCUCCAAAUAACAUGGAUAGAGAAAAGCAAAGUGCUUGGCUUACCAGUUUUACUAAAUGACGUUUAUUAUGCUUCAGAGAUUGAUGAGGUUUGUUUAGUAGACGACAAUCAAUUCUCUCUGUCAAUUAUCAACGAACCGACGCCUCUCAGCUUCAUACACAACGACUGUGACAACAUUGUGCAAUCCAUCAUACACAUACGAAACAGAUGGGAGCUGAGUCAACCCGAUUCAGUAACGGUCCACCAAAAAAUUAGGCCAAAAGACGUUCCGGGAACGCUUCUCAACAUGGCCUUGUUAAACUUGGGAUCGUGUGACCCCACUUUACGCACCGCAGCGUACAACCAGCUUUGUGCGUUAACGGCUACCUUCCAUUUGAAGAUUGAGGGGACUUUACUUGAGACGUCUGGCCUAUGUAUACCGUCCAAUAACACAAUCUUUAUCAAAUCUGUAAGCGAAAAGUUGGCGCACAAUGAACCACAUUUGACCCUCGAAUUUUUAGAAGAAUGUAUUCAGGGAUUUAGAGGUUCAACGAUAGAACUGAAACAUUUAUGCUUGGAAUAUAUGACCCCGUGGUUAGCAAAUUUAGUGAGAUUCUGUAAACCCUCGGAAGAAUCACGUCGCAAAAACCAAGUGGCUCAAAUCCUUGAGAAGUUAAUAACCCUGACAAUUGAAGAGACAGAGAUGUACCCGUCAGUUCAGGCCAAGAUCUGGGGCUCCAUCGGCCAGGUGCCAGAACUCAUUGAUAUGGUGCUGGACAGUUUCAUACACAGGAGUGUCAAUUCUGGUCUUGGGUCACCUAUGAUCGAGAUAAUGGCCGACACGGCUGUGGCGCUCGCGUCCGCUAACGUGCAGCUAGUUUCCAAGAAAGUUAUUGGAAGAAUGUGUAGGGCCCUAUCUAAACUACCUAAUAAUUCCCUGGGUCCCGUAACAGCGGCCUCUGUGGUGGAUAAAACAUGUCAUUCACCAACAGCCAUGUUGGAACAGCAUAUGAUGUGGGAUGAUAUUGCGAUACUUGCUAGAUAUUUGUUGAUGCUGUCAUUCAACAAUUGCCUCGACGUGACCCGCCACCUCCCGUACCUAUUCCAUACGGUCACGUUCCUGGUGUGCUCCGGUACGGUAUCGAUGCGCGCUGCAACCCACGGACUGGUUAUCAACAUCAUACAUUCGUUAUGUACGUGUAACUCGCCUACAUUUGCGGAGGAGACGCAGCGCUUACUUAUGCUGUCUCUCGACGAGUUCGCUCUGCCAAAGUUUUACCAAAUGUUCGGAAUAUCCAAAGUAAAGUCAGCCGCCGUCACCGCUUUUAGGAGUCCUUAUAAUCGACACACAGCUGAUUGGUAUUCGGACUCGUACACCUGUUCUGAGGGCAGUAUCGGCCCUAUAGCCGUGGGUAUACCCGGCGCCGUGGGAGCGGGGGUGCAUAUAGGACUAGGGCCGUGUUCGCAGUCUGACCGUGAGAGAUUACCUUUACAAUCGCUUGAGAUCAUCGUGGACGCCCUGCUUGAGAUUAUGGAGGCGUGUAUGCACGAUAUACCCACUUGUGAUUGGCUGGUGACUUGGACAUCUUUGGCAAAGAGUUUUGCAUUCUGUUUCAACCCGGCCUUGCAGCCACGAGCACUCAUCGUUUUUGGAUGUAUAAGUAAAAACGUCACAGAUGACGACAUGAAACAACUCCUGCGCAUACUUGUAAAAGCGUUGGAAUCGUUCAACGACCUGGCGUUAUUAGAAGCCAUUAUCAUGUGCUUGACGAGAUUGCAGCCGCUUUUGUACUCUGAAUCUCCAAUCCACAAAGCAUUAUUCUGGGUCGCGUUAUCUGUACUCCAAUUGGAUGAACCUACUUUAUACGCGGCGGGUCUCGCGUUAAUGGAGCAAAAUUUACAUACCUUGGAUUCGCAGGGAGCUUUUGAUGACAAGCCUUUCGAACAAAUCAUGAUGGAAACUAGAGAACCUUUGGAAUGGCAUUUCAAGCAACUGGACCAUGCUGUUGGAUUAAGUUUCCGGUCCAAUUUCCACUUCGCCCUUGUGGGUCACCUGUUGAAGGGUUUCCGCCACCCGGCUGCAGGCACCGUGUCGCGUACGUGCCGCGUGCUUGCGUCGCUGCUGUCGCUCGCGGCUCGCCCCAAUCGCGACAAGUUCCAGCUCACCACGCGCACCGUCGCCUAUCUCACAGCACUAGUAUGUGUGAGCGAAGAAGUCCGUUCUCGUUGUCACGUGAAACAUUCACUACCGAAGUGGCUCCCCGACGACUGCGACCAUUAUUGUCCCGCUGUGGAACACCAUCAGUCCUCGAUGCUCAUCCAUCCACAAUCAUCUCAUUCGUCAUGCCAAGGCAGAAGACAAAAAUCUUGGGACAUCCUCGAUCAAGCUGCUUUAAGUUCCGUACAUGGUGGUAAAUCUCCCACACUACAACAAUCAAGCAGUGGUGGUCACAGCCCUCAUCUAAUGUCCAUACCCCACCAGACCUCGGCUAGAAUGCGUUUUAAGACCCAGAGAUCCUUUUCAGUGCCAACGGCGAAAGACACUAUUGGACCCCCUAGGGAUAGCGAGGGUCGCGCGCACAGCGUGCAACACGGCUCCGCGGGCGACGCGGCGAGGGAUCUGGACUUGGAUAGCGCGAGCGGUUUAGAUAGCGUCGAAGACGAGGGGCACGGUUCCUCGGGCAGUAUGGAUGAAAGCGAACGGCCAGGGUCAACCAAGUUCAGCGACUAUCCUGAUCAUUCGUCAAAGCAAAACUCAACAGACAAGGACACGAACAGUCCAGACUGCAACUCUCUCUUGGAACCGUCGGUUCUGGUCGACUUCACGACACAGGCGCUCGUGCUUACCGUUUUGGCUACUUUGGUCAAAUACACCACUGAUGAGGACGAAAUAAGGAUACUCUAUCAGUAUUUAGCGGAAGGGUCCGUCGUGUUCCCGAAAGUAUUCCCAGUUAUUCACAGCCUAUUGGAUAUGAAAAUAAAUCACGUGUUAAUGCACUGCCACGAUCAAGUCAUACUGAGCGCCGUUCAGAGCAUCAUCCAGAAUAUGAUAGCGUCGGAGGACGCAAGUCAGCAACAGCUUCACUACAUGCAGAGUUGCGGCUUCGGAGGUCUUUGGCGUUUCGCUGGACCAUUCACUAAGAACCAAUGCACAGCUGAAAGCAGCGAACUGUUCGUGAACUGCUUGGAAGCGAUGGUGGAAACGUGUUUACCGGGCGACGACUGCGCGCGGCCGCCGCCGCCCGACCCCGACCGUCCCGACAGGCCUGACCUACACGACCUCGACCAUCUAUACCCGGGGGUACAUCGCCAACCCACUAUAUACUGCGCGGAUCCAUAGCAAAAUUCUGAGGUACUUUCAAAAUCUUCCUGUUGACAAAAGCCGGUAUUACAAUAUUAGAAUUUUAUUUUCGAAAAUUGAUCUCUAUUCUUUUGUUAUAGGGCCUGAAUUUGGCGUGUUGUCAAACUUGGUAGAAUGCUCUCCCUAGUCGAAACCCCGUUAACUUAACUUAAACUAAUUAGCUAUCUAAAGUUAAAUUAGUGUAAUUUGAGCUUUGUGGGUAGAAUAGAUUGUGCUAUAUCAAACACUAGCUUACGCCCGCGACUUCGUCCGCGUGGAUUUAGGUUUUUCUAAAUCCCGUGGGAACUCUUUGAUUUUCCGGGAUAAAAAAUAGCCUAUGUGCUAAUCCAGCA